AUGACUUCCAGCUGGGUGGUUCGCCUGCUUCAAGACAACAAAGAGGAGACGCCCAUUCUCAUCAACGUCUUGCGGAAGGAAGGUGGCGACGAGCUUGACCUCGACCUGCUUGCCACAGACGGCACCGCAGCCUUUACCACUAAAGUAAGGCGACGAAAUCUGAAGAAGCUACGGGCGAAGAACUACGACGGAUCCGAUGAUGAAUGGAGUAAUACCAUUUUAUCAGUCCUCGGUCUCAAGACAGCGUCGACGGCAGGCAGCCCGCAGGAAGCCGACCUCGACGUGACCUGUUCAUUCUCAGGCAAAGGAUCGAAACGCACACUUUCUCUCGUCUUUAGCAAUAAGGUCGAGGACAUCACACAACGGCUGGGGACGGUUGAACUGCCUCAAAACACCGACGCCGAGGACGAUGUAGACCUUUUCGGCUGGACUUCCCAGGCGAUUGAACAAAGAGACAGGCUACAAGGCGAGGUCACUGGCUUGAGGGGUCAGGUUAAGACAAAGGAUGAUAUGGUCGCGAGCUUGCAGAAACAAAUCGACGAGCUGGUCGAGGCCAAAGCCGAACACGAGAAGCAAAUGCUAUCCAAGUUCGCUCUCCUGCUCAACGAGAAGAAGCUCAAGAUCAGGAACAUGCAGAGGAUUCUCUCCACCGCCAAAAUUGAUCAGAAGAAACUCAGAGAGUUGCAAGCUGUCAUCGGCGAUGAACCGGCGGGCAUCGUAAGGCGAAAGAAAAGAGCAGCUGAGGAAGAGGUUCAGCAUGAAUCAGAUGAUACCGAUGCUUAUGAAACAAUGGAUGCGGACCCCCUCCGGACCGCCCAGCAAGAAAACGAAUCUCCCGAGUCUGGUAAUUCGACUCCGACCGCCUCAGAAGCAGACGAUGAUACAGAUGACCAAGACCUGAGUAAACCACCAGCAUAUUCUAAUCAGCCCAGAACACGAGCUGCAACCAGCACAACUUCACAGAAAGAAAUCAGAACACCGCCUCCAAAGAAAUCACAAAAGGAAGGUGAGCCUGCACCGCCAACAGAUGAUGAUGACGAGGCAACUGCAAGUGAGGACGAUGAGUUAUGA